AUGGCGGAGGAAGGGGCUGUAGCCGUCUGCGUGCGGGUCCGGCCGCUCAACAGCAGAGAAGAAGCUCUUGGAGAAGACACUCAAGUUUACUGGAAAACUGACAAGAAUACCAUUUAUCAAGUUGAUGGGAGUAAAUCCUUCAAUUUUGAUCGUGUCUUUCAUAGUAAUGAAACCACUAAAAAUGUGUAUGAAGAAAUAGCAGUACCAAUCAUAGAGUCUGCCAUACAAGGCUACAAUGGUACUAUAUUUGCCUAUGGGCAGACUGCUUCAGGGAAAACAUACACUAUGAUGGGUUCACAAGAUUACUUGGGAGUAAUUCCCAGGGCAAUUCAUGACAUUUUCAAAAAAAUUAAGGAGUUUCCUGAUAGGGAAUUUCUCUUACGUGUGUCUUACAUGGAAAUAUACAAUGAAACCAUUACAGAUUUACUCUGUGACACUCGAAAAAUGAAACCUUUAAUAAUUCGAGAAGACUUCAAUAGGAAUGUAUAUGUGUCUGAUCUCACAGAAGAAGUGGUUUAUACAUCAGAAAUGGCUUUGAAGUGGAUCACAAAGGGAGAAAAGAACAGACAUUACGGAAUAACAAAAAUGAAUCAAAGAAGCAGCCGUUCUCAUACCAUCUUUAGAAUGAUUUUGGAAAGUAGAGAGAAGGGUGAACCUUCUAACUGUGAAGGAUCUGUCAAGGUGUCCCAUUUGAAUUUGGUUGAUCUUGCUGGCAGUGAAAGAGCUGCUCAGACAGGAGCUGAAGGUGUGCGACUCAAGGAAGGCUGUAAUAUAAAUCGAAGCUUAUUUAUUUUGGGGCAAGUGAUCAAGAAACUUAGUGAUGGGCAAGUUGGUGGCUUCAUAAAUUAUCGAGAUAGCAAAUUAACACGAAUUCUUCAGAAUUCCUUGGGAGGAAAUGCAAAAACACGUAUUAUCUGCACAAUUACUCCAGUAUCCUUUGAUGAAACCCUUACUACUCUACAGUUUGCCAGCACUGCUAAAUAUAUGAAGAAUACUCCUUAUGUUAAUGAGGUAUCAAGUGACGAAGCUCUCCUGAAAAGAUACAGAAAAGAAAUAAUGGAUCUUAAAAAACAAUUAGAGGAGGUUUCUUUAGAGACUCGGGCCCAGGCAAUGGAGAAAGACCAACUGGCCCAACUUUUGGAAGAAAAAGACUUGCUUCAAAAAGUACAGAUUGAGAAAAUUCAGAAUUUAACACAGAUGCUGGUGACCUCUUCUUCCCUCACAUCACAACAGGAAUUAAAGGCUAAAAAAAAGCGAAGAGUUACUUGGUGCCUCGGCAAAAUCAACAAAAUGAAAGACUCAAACUAUGUAAAUGAAUUCAAUACGACAACAAAUAUAACAACAAAAACACACAAGACUACUGUAACUUUACUAGGAGAAAUUGAUGACUCUCUUUGUUCAGAGGCUGAUGUUUUCAGUAACACUCUUGAUACAAUAACUGAGACAGAGUGGAAUCCAGCAACAAAGCUACUAAGUCAGGAAACCUUAGAAAGUGAGUUGAACUCACUUCGUGCUAACUAUGAUAGUCUGGUAUUAGACUAUGAACAACUAAGGAGAGACAACGAAGAAAUGGAAUUGAGAUUAAAAGAAAAGAAUGAUUUGGAUGAAUUCGAGGCUCUAGAAAGAAAAACUAAAAAAGAUCAAGAGAUGCAACUAAUUCAUGAAAUUUCCAACUUAAAGAAUUUAGUUAAGCAUGCAGAAGUAUAUAAUCAAGAUCUUGAGAAUGAACUAAGUUCAAAAGUAGAGCUGCUUAGAGAAAAAGAAGACCAGAUUAAGGAGCUACAGAAAUACAUAGACUCACAGAAGUUGGAAAAUAUAAAAAUGAACUUGUCAUACUCAGCGGAAGACACUGAAGACCUUAAACAAAUGAAACAGACUCUGUUGGAUGCUGAAACUGUAACCCUGGAUGCAAAGAGAGAAUCAGCCUUUCUUAGAAGUGAAAAUCUAGAGCUGAAAGAGAAAAUGAAAGAACACGAAAAUGCAUGCAAGCAAAUGGAAAAUGACAUUUGGGUAUUUCAAAGCCAAUUGGAGGCAAAAAAGAAAAUGCAAGCUGAUCUAGAGAAAGAGUUACAGUCUGCUUUUAAUGAAAUAACAGAACUGAGCUCCCUUGUAGAUGGCAGAGUUUCAAAAGAUUUGCUCUGUAACUUAGAAUUGGAAAGAAGGAUUACUGAUCUCCAGAAAGAACUGAAUAAAGAAAUUGAGGAAAAUGCAGCAUUGCGUAAAGAAGUUAAUUUGCUCUCAGAAUUGAAAUCUUUAUCCCCUGAAGUAGAAAUACUGAGGAAAGAGGUACAUGAUAAAUCUGAAGAGCUCAAUCUAAUAACAUCAGAAAAAGACAAACUUUUUUCUGAAGUAGCAGAUAAGGAGAGUAGAAUUCAAGGUUUGCUUGUAGAAAUUGGGAAAACUAAAGAUGACCUAGCAACUACCCAGCUGAAUUAUAAAAGCGUUGAUCAAGAAUUCCAAGAUUUUAAAAACCAUCAUAUGGACUUUGAGAAAAAGUAUAAGAUGGCCCUUGAGGAGAAUGCAAGAAUGAAUCAGGAAUUAGGAACUCUCUCUAAAGAAGCUCAAGAACUUGGUUUAAGUUUGGAUGAUGUGAAGAUAGAGCUUUCUCACAAAACCCAAGAACUUCAGCAGAAAACAGUUGAGGGUAAAGAAAUGUUAAAUGCAAUGGAACAGCUGAAGGAAGAAUUAGAAAACACAGAUUCUAGGCUACAAACUGUAGAAAAGGAGAAAACACUGAUUACUGAGAAACUUCAGCAAACCUUAGAAGAAGUAAGAACCAUAACCCAAGAAAAAGAUGACCUAAAACAACUCCAAGAGAGCCUGCAGAUUGAGAGAGAUCAACUCAAAUGUGAUAUUCAGGACACUGUAAACAUGAACAUAGACACACAAGAACAAUUAAGAAAUGCUCUUGAGUCUUUGAAACAACACCAAGAAACAAUUAACACACUAAAAAUGAAAAUUCCUGAAGGAACUUCCAGGAGUUUGCAUAUAGAGGAAAACAUAGAAGAAACUAUGGAUGAAAUUCAGGAAAAGGUGAUCGACAUAGACAAAAAGCAGAAUUUGGAAACCAAAAAAACCCAAAUACUGAUUGAAGAUAUUGAGGAUAAUGAGCUAACUGAGCAACAGAGGAAGAUAUUUUCUCUACUUCAGGAGAAAAAUGAACUCCAGCAAAUGUUAGAGACUAUUACAGCAGAAAAGGAACAAUUGAAGACUGACCUAAAGGAAAAUAUUGAAAUGACUAUUGAAAACCAGGAAGAAUUAAGAAUUCUUGGAGAUGAACUUAAAAAGCAACAGGAGAUAAUAGCACAAGAAAAGAGCCAGAUCAUUAAGAAAGAAGAAGAGCUUUCAAGGACCUGUGAGAGACUAGCAGAAGUUGAAGAAAACCUAAAGGAAAAGAGCCAACAACUUCAAGAAAAACAGCAACAACUCCUUAGUGUAAGAGAAGAGAUGAGUGAGAUGCAGACAGAGAUAAAUGAAAUGGAGAAUUUAAAGAAUGAACUGAAGAGCAAAGGAUUAGCAUUGGAACGUACAGAAAUGGAGAAACUUGAGUUGACUCAGAAACUCCAUGAAAAUAAUGAAGAGAUGAAAUCUAUAACCAAAGAAAGAAAUGAUCUGAAGAAAUUACAGGAGUCAUUUGAAAUAGAGAGAGAUCAACUUAAAGGAUACAUAAGAGAAAUUGAAGCUACAGGCCUGGAAACAAAAGAAGAACUAAAAAUUGCUCAUAUGAAUCUUAAAGAAUACCAAGAAACUAUUGAUGAACUAAGAAGAAACGUUUCUGAAAAGACCGCUCAAAUAAUAAAUAUUCAGAAGGACUUAGAAAAAUCCAGUGCUGAAUUACAAGGAAAGAUCCCAGCACUUCAUGUGGAACAGGAGCCACCUGCUAAUGUGAAAGAAGUCAGUGAGACUCAGGAGACAACGGAUGAGCCGGUGCAGUUGGAAGGACAGUUCAAAGCCAAGGGUUCAACACCUGCAAGCGUAGAAAUGGAAAGGCUCAGGUUGACUGCAGAACUUCAAGAAACUAACGAAGAAAUAAAAUCUAUAACUAAGGAGAGAGAUGAUCUUAAAAUGAUAAAAGAUGCGCUUCAAGUUGAACGUGACCAGCUAAAAGAGGACAUAAGAGUAACUUUGGCUAAAAUCCAAGAGGCUGAAGACAAACAAGAACAGUCCUUUAAUAUGAAUGAAAAAGACAAUGAAACUAAGAAAAUGCUGAGUGAGAUGGAGCAAUUGAAGGAGCAAUGCAAAGCCAAGGAUUCCACACUGCUAGGAGUAGAAACAGAAAAGCUCAAGUUAUCUGAGAGACUCCAAGAAAGUCAGGAUGAAAUGAAGUCUAUAGCUAAAGAGAGAGAUGACCUAAAGAAGCUCCAAGAAAUUCUUCAAUCUGAAAGUGACCAACUCAAAAAAAACAUGGGGGAACUCAUCGCUAAACACCUGGAAAUGGAAGAGAAACUUAAAGUUGCUCAUUUCCACCUGAAAGAACAGGAGGAAACUAUUGAUAAGCUGCGAGUGAAUGUAUCAGAGAAGGAAACUGAAAUAUCAAGCUUUCAGAAGGAAUUAGAAACAGCCAACCAUGAAUUACAGAAAAAGAUCCAAGAGCUUCAGGAGAAACAGGAACAAAUUCUUAGUGUAAAAGAAAUCAGUGAGACUCAGAGAAAAGUGAGUGAACUGGAGCAAAUCAUGGAGCAUCUCAGAGCCACAGAGUCAACACCUCAAAGUGUAGAAACUGAGAAGCUCAUGUUGGCUGAAAGACUUCAGGAAAGUCAAGAAGAAAUAAAAAUUAUAAUUAAGGAAAGAGAUGAACUGAAAAGUGUACAGGAGGCCCUUCAGAUGGAGAGGGACCAACUCAAAGUAAACAUUAGUGAAAUUGUAGCUAAAGAACUGGAAACAAAAGAGGAACUGAAAACUGUGUACAUUCAUCUGAAUGAGCACCAAGAAACUAUUAAUAUACUAACAAGGAAUAUUUCAGAGAAGACGGAUCAAGUAAACAAUAUGCAGAGGGAUUUAGAAAAUUCAAAUGUUGAAUUACAGGCAAAGGAUCUAGAAAAACAAGAGGAACUAAAAAUUGCUCACAUGCAUCUGAAAGAGCACCAAGAAACUAUUGAUAAACUCAGAGGGAUUAUUUCAGAGAAGGCAGAUGAAAUAUCAAAUAUGCAAAUAGAUUUAAAGAGCUCAAAUGCUGCCUUAAAAGCACAGAUACAAGGACUUCAAGAGAAAGAACAUCAACUUCUUAAGGUAAAAAAUGAUCUCAAAGAAAAUAUGUACCAAAUGGAGCAGUUGAAGAAGCAAUCAGAGACCCAGAAUUUAAUUCUGGAAAGUACAGAAAUGGAGAAGUUAAGGUUGUCUCAGAGACUUGAUGAAACCCUUGAAGAAAUGAGAUCUGUAACUAAGGAAAGAGAUGAACUAAGAAGAGUGGAGGGGGCCCUCAAAGUGGAGCGGGACCAGCUCAGGGAAAGCCUCCACGAAACAGAAGCUAAAAUCCAAGAACUUAAGGCAAAUGAGCACCAACUUCUUAAGUUAAAAGAAGAUGUCAGUGAGACACAGAAAAAAAUGUGUGAAAUAGAACGAUUGAAGAAACAAUUAAAAGCCCAAAGUUUAACUCUCGAUAAAAUAGAAAUGGAGAAUUUAAAUUUGGCUCAGAAACUUCAUGAAAACCUUGAAGAAAAGAAAUAUGUAAUGAAAGAAAGAGAUAAUCUAAAGAAAGUGGAAGAAACUCUCAAACUGGAGAGAGACCAACUCAAGGAAAACCUAUGGGAAACCAUAGCUAGGGAUCUGGAAACACAACAGGAACUAAAAAUUGCUCGCAUGCAUUUAAAAGAACACCAGGAAACUAUUGAUAAGUUCAGAGAAAAAGUUUCAGAAAAGACAGCUCAAAUUUCAGAUAUUCAAAAGGAUUUAGAUAAAUCAAAAGAUGAAUUACAGAAAAAGCAGGACCAACAGAACCACAAAGAAGUGGUUAAAUAUGGAAAAAGUUCACUGUGUGAUGGAAAACAGCACCUUACGGAAAGCCUCAGAGAAAAGUGCUUUAGGAUAAAAGAGCUUCUGAAGAAAUACUCAGAGAUGGAUAAUUCUUAUGAAUGCUUGAAUAUAUUGUCUCUUGAUUUAGAAAAGGAAAUUGAAACCCAAAAAGAGCUUUCAAUUAGAGUAAAAGCAAAACUCUCACUUCCAUAUUCACAAGCCAAACAGAUUCAAAAACUUCUCUCUGUAAACCAAAGAUGUUCUACGGAAUUCCAUAGAAUCAUGGAGAAACUUAAGUAUGUGUUAAGCCUUGUUACAAAGAUAAAGGAAGAACACCAUGAAUCCAUCAAUAAAUUUGAAAUGGAUUUUAUUGAUGAAGUGGAAAAGCAAAAUGAACUGCUAAUUAAAAUACAGCACCUUCGACAAGAUUGUGACAUACCAUCCAACGAAUUAAGGGACCUCAGAUUGAACCAGAGUAUGGAUCUCCAUAUUGAGGAAAUUCUCAGAGAUUUUUCAGAAAGUGACUUCCUCAGCAUAAAGACUGAAUUUCAGCAAGUACUAGAUAAGAGGAAAGAAAUGACCCAGAUUUUGGAAGACUGGUUGAAUACUCAUUUUGAUAUAGAAAAGCUUAAAAAUGACAUCCAGAAAGAAAAUGAUAGGAUUUGUCAAGUGAAUAACUUCUAUAAUAACAAAAUAAUUGCCAUAAUGAAUGAAUCAACAGAGUUUGAGGAAAGAAGUGCUGCCAUAUCCAAAGAAUGGGAACAUGACUUGAGAUCAGUGAAAGAGGAAAGUGAAAAAAUGUUUAAAAACUACCAAACUUUGAAGGCCUCCCUGACAUCUGGAGAUGCUGUUAAUUCUACUACAAAAGACAAUAAAAAUCAUCAUGUUACUUCGAGAACUACACAACUAACCAGAGAGAAAGUUCAAGAGCUAGAAAUUUCACUACGUGAAGCUAAAGAAAGUGCUAAGCAUAAAGAAAGCAAGAUUACGGAGAUGCAGAAAGAACUUGAGAUGACCAAUGGCAUGAUAGCAAAACUUCAAGCCAAAGUUAAUGAAUCAAAUAAAUGCCUUGAAAAAACAAAAGAAACUAUCCAAGUACUCCAGGAAAAAGUUGCUUUAGGAGCUGAGCCCUAUAAAGAAGAAAUUGAAGAUCUCAAAACAAAGCUCGUGAAAAUAGACCUAGAGAAGAUGAAAAAUGCCAAGGAGUUUGAAAAGGAAAUUACUAUUACAAAAGCCACUGUCGAAUAUCAAAAAGAAGUUAUAAGGCUAUUAAAAGAAAAUCUUAGAAGAAACCAACAGGCCCAAGAAACCUCAAUGGUAUCAGAAAAUGUGGAUUCUCAGCCUUUAAAUAAGGCCAUAACCUGUGGAGGUGGCAGUGGCAUUGUACAAAGCACAAAAGUUCUUAUUUUGAAAAGUGAACACAUGAAACUAGAAAAUGAAAUGUCUAAGUUAAAGCAGCAAAAUGAACAGCUAAUAAAGCAGCACAGCGAGCUGUUAAGCAACAAUCAUCGUCUUUCUAAAGAGAUCAAGACAUGGAAGGAAAGAACCCUAAAGAGAGAAGCUCAUAAAGGAGUUACUUGUGAGAAUUCCCCAAAGUCUACUAAAGUGACUGGAACGCCUUCUAAAAAUAGACAGAAUACGCCUUCACAGUGUAAGGAACGCAAUUUACAAGAUCCUGUGCCGAAGGAAUCGCCAAAAUCCUGGUUUUUUGACAGCCGAUCAAAAUCUUUACCAACAGCUCACCCAGUUCGCUAUUUUGAUAACUCAGGUUUAGGCCUUUGCCCAGAGGAACACACAGUGGGAGCAGAGAGUGUGGACCCUCAGACAGGUCCUUGGCACGCCUCUUCCGGAAAAGACGUGCCCGAAUGCAAAACCCAGUAACUCCUCUGCUGUCACUGGUCCGCAGGGCCGUCACUCCUUGUUUGGAAACGGCCGUGUUUGCCGCUUUGUGUGUCUCUCCCUGGCAAAGACAUCACAGUCCCACUUAAUUUCACAUUCAGUUUUCACUUCACCACUAGAAUUUAAAGAUCAAUGGAAUCAGAAAUUCAUUCGUUCCUGUAAUUUAGAACAGUGAUGGCAAUGCCUUGUUCUUGAAUGUGGUAAUACUUUAGAAGUUGAAAGCUGUAUUUAUUUAUAUAUUUUGUAAGGAAUAAAGUUAUUGAAGGAAAUUUCCUUCGUGUAUACAUUUUUAUUAAUGUAAAGUUAUCCACGUAUAACUUAGGCAAUUCCAAAGCAUAAUACAUAAAUUAAUAUAAAGCAUCAUUUAAUUAACAAAAUUGUAAAC